CACAGCCCUCAGCAGCCUGCACCAAGGCCGCCAGUGGAAGGGAGCAGUGGGUUUUGCUGUUUGAGAUGCAGGGACAGCGCACCUGGGAGAAAGCCUACCAGCAUCACCGGAGAAAGGUCCAGGAUGCCCAGCCCCUUGUGGACACUCGCGCCCCACUGAGCCUCAGCCACCUCUGCCUGAAACUCAAGAAGCUGAAGCUCGAGGAGGAGCGUCUCGCGGUCAUCGACAGGGAUAACCGCUUGCUGCUGGAGAGGGUGUCCUGCAUCAUGAGGACCAGGGGACAGACUGAGAAAGAAACAACUGCACAUGUAAGAGGUAACUGGGGCUCCUGCACCCCCCAGACAGCACCAAACCCAGAAGGACCCAGAGUGCUCAGCUCCAGGACCUGCACAGGAUAGCUGCCCCUGAGCCAGAACGGGGCCUUUCCUUCCCCUCCAGAGAGCCCUGUGCUUCCUGCUGUGUUGUCCACGAAUC